CAGAACUUGGUAAUUGCUAUAGGAUUAAACUCUUAUUAAACGACAACUUUGCGUAUCUGUAAUCUUUUUGCCAUCGUGAUUGAGUUGGAGGACAAUUUGCGCCUAAAUCGGUAGCUGCCGUCAAUUUUCGCAAGAUACGUAGUGUUGCCGCCGGUAAAGCUUGUGAUUCAUUUGCAAAUCGAGUUUGGAUUGGAAAAUGGAGGAUAUACUCGUGGCAGUGAUAAUGAUGAUUUUGGUAUUCUCUUUGGUUCCACUCUAUUUAUGGAGACGUCUGGUUGAUUCCCGCCAUCAUCACCAACACCACGAAGAGCCGCAGGAGAUACAAAGGGAAAGAGUUGUUAGGGCUGGCAAUGCGCGCCGUAUGCGUCGAAGACCUGCAGCUUCUUCAGCCGCCAGCUCAUCAUCAGCUGCCCCUGAUGUGGAAGAGACUCAUGAUGGAAGUGAGGAUGAAGAAGAUGGGAACUACACUGCUAAAGCAUCAAAGAAGAAGGAAAAGAAAAGACAAGAGCGUGAAGCACAACGUCAGGCUGAAGAUGCUGCCCGUGAGUCGAGGAGAACAAAACAAGAUCGUUAUGAGGAGAUGAGGAGGAGGAAGGACGAGGAGCGUGAAGCUCAAGAAAGAAAGCUGGAAGAAGAAGCCCUAGCUCGGAAAGCUAAGGAGGAAGAAGCUGCUGCUUUAGAUUUUGAAAAAUGGAAAGGAGAUUUUUCUGUUGAUGCUGAGGGGACAACAGAAAAUGAAGUUCAGGAUGGAAGCCAGGGGCUGCUCUAUGAUUUUGUCGAGUACAUCAAGAAGCAUAAAUGUGUUCCCCUGGAAGAAAUUGCGGCAGAGUUUAAGUUGCGAACUCAGGAUUGUAUAAAUCGGAUUACGUCACUGGAAUCCAUGGGAAGGCUAUCUGGUGUGAUGGACGAUAGAGGAAAAUACAUUUACAUCUCUUUGGAAGAAAUGAGAGCUGUUGCCGAUUACAUAAGACGUGAGGGCCGAGUGAGCAUUUCUCACCUGGCCAGUAAGUCAAACCAAUUUAUAGAUUUGGAACCCAAAGUUGAAGUAGCUGAAGAUAUAAGCGGCAGCUUAGAGGAGAUAGCUUUUGCUUGAUUUACUUGUUAGUGAGACUGUGUGAGACUUGGGGAAUAUACUUCAUACUUGAUCAUCAGCUUUUGGGGUAAAAGAAUUUUAAUAUAUGACUUUGCCUUCAUCUUGUAUCAAUUAGAGUUGACAUGAUUAUUUAUCAGGUCUUUCUUAGUUUCUUAUGGUCUCCAGAAUAUGGAAGUUCGUGUUUGCAUGAAAUUUGGUCUACUGCCGAAAAGGCAGUACACUCUUUUUAUUAUUAACAAGUAAUAAUAAUAAUAAUAACUAGUAAA